AAGUAAGAGUUAAUUGCUUGUGUUGUGGAUGCAAUAAGAGUUCAAUGCUUGUGUUGUGGAUGGAAUAAGAGUUCAAUGCUUGUGUUGUGGAUGGAAUAAGAGUUCAAUGCUUGUGUUGUGGAUGAAAUAAGAGUUCAAUGCUUGUGUUGUGGAUGAAGUAAGAGUUAAUUGCUUGUGUUGUGAAUGAAAUAAGAGUUCAAUGCUUGUGUUGUGGAUGGAAUAAGAGUUCAAUGCUUGUGUUGUGGAUGAAGUAAGAGUUAAUUGCUUGUGUUGUGGAUGCAAUAAGAGUUCAAUGCUUGUGUUGUGGAUGAAAUAAGAGUUUUGUGUCUGUAUUUUAUGGCUUAAAUAAGAAUUAAAUGGAAGUGUUUGUGCCUGAUUUGAGAGUUCAACGCUUUUUAAGGAGGGUACUAUGGUCUGAUCUUGAAUUUCAUAACAAACAAACAAAAACAUAUGACUGACUUACAGACUCGAAUUGCUAUCAUUAAUAACUUUUUUUUUUAAAUUAUACUUUGUGACUACCGCUUUUCCGUCAAUUGCUCUGAACAGAAACAUUUGGAUGGUGAAGUCUCUGCACCCUGUGUCCCAACAGAGUACCGGGAAGUUGUUUUAUAGUUUACCACGCUUCAGAAAAUGCCAUCUUGCAGAGUCUGAGAUACGUCGCUUCAGCCAUAAAGUAUGUGCCACUCCAACACUCCGAGCAUGCCGUGAACUAUAGGCCACAGCUACUGGGAGUUGUAGUAAAAAUAAGACAAAGAUUAGCGAGAUGAAAGUGAGGCCUGGGAUUAUAUUUAAACGCUUCAGAUUUAAAAAAAAAACAACAAAAAAAAAAAACAACCAAACUGCGUGUAAACGCCAGACAUUAUUUCAGAACUGUGAAUAAGAUAAAAGUUCUCGAGGCCGCCCCGUCUCUUAUCUGAGCCCAACAGAUGGCUCUCGUGGAUAUGGUCAUACAUCAAGAAUAGAUAAAAUGCGUGGUAAGGAGACAUAUUUUUUUUGUUGUUGCUAAGCCUUCCCUCUAAGGUCGGAUUUCUUCAAUGGUAACGCUUGAAACACGAGCGUUGAAGGUACACACGUCCUCAACCAGUUGUUUUGUACGCCAAUCUUUAGUAUGCCGGUACACCAAGUUCAGUUAGACGGUAUUUCAAGUGAGUUGGCCGGUACAACCAAUUCAGUUGGCCGGCAUUCCAAGUUCAGUUGGCCGGUACACGUUCAGUUGCCUGUCAUGCCAAGUUCAGUUGGCCGGUACACGUAAAGUUGGCCAGCAUAUCAAGUUCAGUUGGCCGGUGCAAGUUCAGUUUGCCGGCAUACCAAGUUCAGUUGGCCGGGAUACCAAGAUCAGUUGGGCGGGAGAACAUGUUCAGGUGGCCGGUGCAAGUUCAGUAUGCCGGUAUCAAGUUCAGUUGGCCGGUGCAAGUUCAGUUGGCCGGCAUACCAAGUUCAGUUGGCCGGGAUACCAAGUUCAGUUGGACGGGUAAACAAGUUCAGUUGGCCGGUGCAAGUUCAGUUUGCCGGGAUACCAAGUUCAGUUUGCCGGGAUACCAAGUUCAGUUGGCCGGUGCAAGUUCAGUUUGCCGGGAUACCAAGUUCAGUUUGCCGGGAUACCAAGUUCAGUUGGCCGGUGCAAGUUCAGUUGGCCGGCAUAUCAAGUUCAGUUGGGUGGGGGUGGUACAAGUUAGUUGACCGACAUACCACGUUCAGUUGGCCGGUACAAGUUCAUUUGGCCGCUGUACCAAGUUUAGUUUGUCAGUUGGUCAGGGCAUCAAGUUAUGUUGGCCGGCAUACCAAGUUCAUUUGGCCGGUACACGUUCAGUUGCCUGUCAUUCCAAGUUCAUUUGGCCGCUGUAACAAGUUUAGUUUGUCAGUUGGUCAGAGCAUCAAAUUCAAUUGGCCGACAAACAAAGUUCAUAAGUACUAAAAUUUCAUUUACCUGGAGCACGAAGUUUUUGCGUUUAAAAAACUCCUAGUCAAAUGGAAUUUUCUUUUAUAGUGUACAUUCUUUGUGGGCUUGGGACCACAGACAGAGAAGCAUGGCUCCAACGACAGAGAAGCAUGUCUCCACCGACACAGAAGCAUGGCUCCACCUACACAGAAGCAUGGCUCCACCGACACAGAAGCAUAUCUCCACCGACACAGAAGCAUGGCUCCACCUACACAGAAGCAUGGCCCCACCGACAUAGAAACAUGGCUACAACGACAUGGAAGCAUGACUCCACCGACACAGAAGCAUGGCUCCACCGACACAGAAGCAUGGCUCGACCGACACAGAAGCAUGGCUCCACCUACACAGAAGCAUGGCUCCACCUACACAGAAGCAUGGCCCCACCUACACAGAACCAUGGCCCCACCGACACAGAAGCAUGGCUCCACCGACAUAGAAGCAUGGCUCCAACGACAGAGAAAUUUGGCUUAUUAAUAUUUGGCCUUCUGUGUACUUUUAUAACUAUUUAACCAGAAAUUUGGACUGACUACCAAAUCCCUGAUCUUUUUAAAAAAAAUUCAGCCCAAUCACAUGACCUCACACAAAGGCUGGGGUUCAUGCGUGAGGAAAAAAUACACCGACAAAUCAAUCACUUUAAAAAAAAAACCAAAGCAUUAAAUGUCUUCUGUCUACACCUCCAAUUGCCUGUAACAUUGAUGCAUAUAUACUAUAGUAAGGUACUCAUAGUAAUAUUGAUGUGUAUAUUUAAUAUACACUACACUACCGGGUACUCUAGUAUCAUUGAUAUAUGUAUUCUAAAGUACUCUAGUAACAUUGACGUUUAUAUUUGAUAAAUACACAACAUUCGUUACCGCUUGCUAUGCUCGCUGGUCUAAUAUUAAUUUACGUACCCAAUGAAAGUUGCUUUAAUCGUGACCGUUACACCUCAUCGUUACACUUCAAACUUCCAUCACAUUUGACUACUACUGUAGCUCUUACUGCAUACAGGACUCAAUGGAAAUCUUGUUAGGGAAAUGUCAGUUCGAUUGGUUGUGGGCAAAAUUUUGGAAAUCACUAACUGAAAUAGACUGAGCUGAAAUAGACUGGAAUGAAAUAGACUGAACUGAAAUAGACUGAAAUGAAAUAGACUGAACUGAAAUAGACUAAACUGAAAUAGACUGAACUGAAAUAGAAUAAACUGAAAUAGACUGAACUGAAAAGACUGAACUAAAAUAUACUGAAAUGAAAUAGACUGAACUGAAAUAGACUAAACUGAUAAUUGCUAGACAAUAUUGGAACACCACCCCCCCCCCUCCCCGAAUUACUUUUGGGUAUCAUCAUCCAGUGACUAUGAGUGGCAUCAGUAUGUGAAGUGAAAGUCUUGCUUGCUCCUGUAACAGAUCUUUGUGUGUGGCGCUGUGUGUGUGUGUGUGUGUGAACGUGUGUAUCUGUAUGUGUGUGUGGAACGCAUGUAUCGGUAUGUGUGUGUGUGCUUAUCUGUGGGGAGUCUCAGGGCUUUCUUACCUAAGUGUCAGUUGUUUUGAUGUGCGAGCAGACGUAGAUCCAUGCCCCCCCCCCCACCCUAACCCCUGGUCCGACGUCUGUUACAAUGCCAGCACAUCGCCAACUUCUGUUGAAGCAACUGUUAUUAAACCCUACCAUACCUGUGGGAGAGAGAUCCCCCUGACUUAGAGGGAAGAAUGUGAGAGGGGAACGAACAAGAAGAGAUACAGAGGAACAAUGUUUUAAUAUGGAUGAGGGAGAAACGGAUUAGACAUGAGAGAGAUGUGAGUGAUUAGAUAAUGAGAGAAAAGGGAGUGGCUAGAGAAGGAGAGAGUAAGGAGUGGUCAGAGAAAGAGAGAGUAGCGAGUGGUUAGAGAGUGAGAGAUUAUGGAGUGGUCAGAGAAAUAGAGAUUAUGGAGUGUUUAGAAAAUGAGAGAGUGGGCAGUGAUAAGAGAAAGAGAGAGAGAGAGAGCAGGAAGUGGUUGGAGAAAGGAAGUGCAGGAAGUGAUUACAGAUUGAAAGAGUGCCGAGUAAUUACAACAAUAAUCGGGGGAGAAUAUAGUAGCGCUACAACUUGGUGCAACGGGAAAAUAUAGAACUGUGUAAGUGCCGCGGCAAUGCAAUACCCUGCUGUGGUUUCAUGAGCUCCCAAUGAUGUGUUCGUUAGUACAUUAGCCACAGGAUUGAAGAAAUCUAUGCUUUAAAAUUAAAACAAGGACAUAUUCCUAGCAAACAUCUUUUUUUUCCCUUUCCAAUAUCUUAAUAAAUGUUUGUAAAUCUAGGUUUGAAACCUAAAUGUUUGUUCAUCAGUGUACGGUAGGUUGUUUAAAUAUUGUUGACAUUCUUUUGUUUGUUUUGUUUUACUAUUGCUGGUACUCCUUUAGAUAGAAGUCCUACUUUACUAAUAAAAACAACAGUUUUUGGUAGCAAUUUAUACAAUGGUCGUUGAGAUCGUUGGUUAAAGUUGAAGUCUAUUUCUAACCAUAAGAUUGAGAACUAUUGAAUUUUAAUUUAAUUAAAAUUUGCUAGAUAUUUUCUAUGAAAAUUUUAGGAAUAUUUUUUUCCCUCAAUUUUAAAUGUCACUCAACUCACAUGUGCUGUGCUCCAGGUACCGCCCCAGAAGCUUCUGUUUCAGAAUGAUUGCCACUGUGUGUGUAAAUGAUGUUUCAGAAUGAUUGCCACUGUGUGUGUAAAUGAUGUUUCAGAAAGAUUGCCACUGUGUGUUUAAAUGAUGUUUCAGAAUGAUUGCCACAAUGUGUUUAAAUGCUUUUUAGAAUGAUCGCCACAAUGUGUGUAAAUGAUGUGGUAGUUGUAGAAUGAUUUUCCAUUACCUGUUUAAAUGAU